AUGACAGAACAUUACACUACAAUAUCACCUACAAUAACUGCAAUUUUUCCAACUACAUGGAUUAUAACAAUAUCAGAAUUAAUUGUUUGUUUAAUAUCUGUUUUUUUCAAUUGUUUUAUAACUGCCGUAACAUAUUUUGCUCUUCCAAUAUCAUCAGGAUUACGAAGAUGUAUUGCAGCGUUGGCAUUAAAUAAUGGCGUUUUAGCUGUUAUGAUUAUAGCAAGAAAUGGUUUUUUUCUUUAUACAAUUCAUUUUCCAGAUAUUACUUUUUCAAGUAACUUAGCAUGCAAAUUACAUGAAUUUCCACUUAUUUUUACAUAUUUUCAAGUUUCUAUAUUUAGUUUUGUUGUUAGCUUUAUGACAAUUGUAUCAAAGAAAAUAAGUUAUCGUCGUAUACAUUGGUCAAAUGCAUGUUCUCUUACUCAAACUAUACCAAUUAUUAUAUCAUUAAUUUUAACUUUAGCUACAACAGUUAAUGACAAUCCAUAUAAUCCUUCACCAUUGGAGCAAUGUACGUUGGUUAAUGAAGGACAAUCAACACAAAAAAUUUUUCGAAUAAUUACUGCAUUUUCAACAUUUCAUUUAAUUUCAAUUAUUUUUUCAAAUUUUGCUUUAAUUAAUUUAAAAUCAUGUCACCAUUCAAUAUAUACUAUUAUAAAAUCUUUACGAAAUGUUAUAACUUAUACAAGUAUUACCUAUCUUAUAGGAUAUAUAUUAACAGGAUGUCUUGUAGUAUAUAAAUAUAUUUAUGAAAUAUCUUCUAUGACAUGUUUUGCAAUAUUCUUUGAAGUAACUUUUGUUAUUAUUCCUAUUGCCGCAAGUGUUUUAUAUCCUGUUCUAUGUCUAUGGUUAAUUUAUCCAAUACGUGAAGCAGCAAUAUUAUUAUUUCCUAUCAUCAGUCAAAUAGCACCUGAUCUUUUACCAAAGAAGCAAAAUGUAAAUAUACCAUUGAUUAUCAUUGAAAGCCCAUCACCACAUCCUGAGUGCUUAGAAAAUCAUUUAUAA